AUGCCUAGUGCUAUUGGCACCCGCAGUCACAAGGCUGGCCCGGCCUUGGUCGAUCAAUGGCUGUGUUUCGAGGGGACGGAGCGUUUCACGCAGGAGAGCCUAGGCUAUGUGGCUGACAUGUUUCCACAAGUCAUGGAGACAGCGUACGGCCAAGAAGAUCUUGAAAGAGAGAUGAAGAACCUACAAGCCGACGCAGGAGGUUCCCCCACGGCAUGCGGAGCCUUGGAUGUCGGCUUCAUUCCCGAAAGGUCCGAGGCAAUCUCAAAGGGCCCAAUCCUGGUAUUCAACUGCCGUGUGAACCUUGACGUCAGAAAUGCUAACCCGUUGGAGGGCGCGGCAUGGCUCAUCGCAAGAGUAAGAGCCAAGAUGACAAUGAAUGGGCGAAUGGACAUUGACUUUAUUAUCUUGGAAAAAGCGAGUAUAUCGUGGCAGUAA